GCGGAGCCGCCGAUGCGCGCCCAGUGACCCGGACAGCUAGGCCCGCGCGGCGGGGGCGGCGGCAGACGCCUGGCCACCGUGACCCCAAUUUUGGAUUUACCGCUCGGGGGGUGGGGGGAACCUGGAUUUAACUGGCGAUUGUUUUGGGGGACGCCGGACGCCAUGUUGUGGAAAAUAACCGAUAAUGUCAAGUAUGAAGAGGACUGCGAGGAUCGCCACGACGCGAGCAGCAAUGGGAACCCGCGCCUGCCUCACCUCUCCUCCGCCGGGCAGCAUCUCUACAGCCCCGCGCCGCCCCUCUCCCAUACCGGAGUCGCCGAAUACCAGCCGCCCCCCUACUUUCCGCCUCCCUACCAGCAGCUGGCUUACUCUCAGUCGGCCGACCCCUACUCGCACCUUGGAGAGGCGUACGCCGCUGCCAUCAAUCCCUUGCACCAGCCCGCGCCCACCGGCAGCCAGCAGCAGGCCUGGCCGGGCCGCCAGAGCCAGGAGGGGGCCGGCCUGCCCUCGCACCACGGGCGCCCGGCCGGCCUGUUGCCCCAUCUCUCCGGACUGGACGGCGGCGCCGUGAGCGCACGCAGGGAGGCCUACCGACGCUCGGACCUGCUACUGCCCCACUCGCACGCCCUGGACGCCGCGGGCCUGGCCGAGAACCUGGGGCUCCACGACAUGGCACACCCGAUGGAGGACGUGCAGAAUGUGGACGACCAGCACCUACUUCUGCAUGAUCAGACAGUUAUUCGCAAAGGUCCUAUUUCCAUGACCAAGAACCCCCUGAGUCUCCCUUGUCAGAAGGAGCUGGUGGGGGCUGUGAUGAAUCCCAGCGAGGUCUUCUGCUCAGUCCCUGGAAGACUGUCCCUCCUCAGCUCUACAUCUAAAUACAAAGUGACAGUUGCUGAAGUCCAGAGGCGGCUGUCCCCGCCUGAGUGCUUAAAUGCCUCAUUACUGGGAGGUGUUCUCAGAAGAGCCAAGUCUAAAAAUGGUGGCCGGUCCUUGCGGGAGAAGUUGGAUAAGAUUGGGUUGAAUCUUCCAGCCGGGAGACGGAAAGCGGCUCACGUCACCCUCCUGACGUCUCUUGUGGAAGGUGAGGCAGUUCAUUUGGCUCGGGACUUUGCCUAUGUCUGUGAAGCAGAAUUUCCUAGUAAAUCUGUGGCUGAGUAUUUAACCAGACCUCAUCUCGGUGGGCGGAAUGAGAUAGCAACUAGGAAGAACAUGCUGCUGGCCGCACAGCAAGUGUGUAAGGAAUUUACAGAUCUUCUCAAUCAAGACCGAACUCCCAACGGGAACAACCGACCCACCCCAGUCCUGGAGACCAACAUUCAGAACUGCUUGUCUCAUUUCAGCCUGAUUACCCAUGGGUUUGGCAGCCAGGCCAUCUGUGCUGCAGUGUCUGCCGUGCAGAACUACAUAAAAGAGGCCCUGAUAGUCAUAGACAAAUCCUACAUGAAUCCCGGAGACCAGAGUCCAGCCGAUUCUAGCAAAACCCUGGAGAAGUUGGAGAAGCACAGGAAGUAAAACGAGGGGGUAGUGAACCAAGGGCCGAAGAGUUUGGAAGGAAAAGGACUCCCAGAUCAUCUCGACCAGGACAGACUGGGCACCCCACUUACCUGGGGGGCAGCGUUGUUACCCACCUUCCCAUGAAAAAGGGCCUCUGUCGAUUUCCAGCUCUUCAAGUGCCCUCCUGGAUUCCUUAGUGUUUAGGGAGUGCUGAAGCGUCUCCUUAACUCUGGACGAGAUGUUGGAAGUGCUGGUUCUUUACUCAUUAAGCUUCUAUUUUAUUUUUUUGGAACCCCAUUCUUCCUUACUCUGGAAGUGGUGCUACAAGUUUUCGAACCUUUUAAAUAAAUCCCCGGGCUAACAAAAACUCACAUUCACUCAGCUGUUGAAAGGUCAAAUUGAUGGGAUUCAGAUCAACAAUAACUUUUAGUGUUUAGGUGAAAGUAUUUAUGUAGUUUCUUUAGACUUGUCCUGCAUACUGAUAGGAGGCAAGGAUUCUGUCCACCUAGCAACUGGUUAAUAGGUGGCAUUUGUAACACUUUAAAACCCCUUGUUCAAAGGGGCCCUUCGGGUUUUACGAAACUUGUAGAAACAAAGCCUGCUGAUGACUUUAUGUUUUUUCUUUUUAAAAAAAAAAAAAACUUUGAAAGUUAACUCUUCAAGGAGGAGACUCUUUGAAAUGACAUUCCUUUAAGGUAUGGAAGCUUUAUUUUGCAUAUUUAUUUCACAUCUUAGUGAAACUUGAAAAGGGUAGGCAUGGAGCAUUUUUUUUUUUUUUUUUUGCUGUCUGUCAUCCCCCAGUCCCAGAGGAGGCUCUGUAUUUUGAGAAAUUGCGUUGAGUGUACAGAUUUUAUUUAUGCAUAAUUUAAUGGGGUCUGUAAAUAUGGGUGCACUUCUUAUGACUUUUUGAGAAAUGGGAUUCGAUUUUAAUAUUAACUUUUAAAGGUGACGGGGUAAUCUAAGACACAUCUUUAGGUUUUAUUCUUAUGUACACAGGGUAUUAAGAGUUAAGAGGAUCUUCAGCUCUGUUCUUGACUCUGGAAGACUCUUAUUUAAUUGAAGCUGUCUGUCCACAAAGCAAUAACUUUGUCUUGUUCCUGUUGGGCUGACCCCCCGAAGAGGUACAGUUCGAGGUACAGUGCGUGUGGGUGAAAAUGGAGUUUUGGAAUUGAACUCCUUGCCUGUAAAUGUUCCCUAAAUAAUUGUUGUGUAUAUGAAACCUGUAUAAUAAAAAGUAUUCUCGAUAGAA